AUGUCCAAAUAUUUCGACCCCACAAAAGACAUUCGUAAAAAUUGUAAUUGGGUAAUAAAUCCAUUCGUACAAUCUGAUCAAAAUAUACUAUCAUUUACAAAUGAAGAAAAGUUGAUUGAAUUGAGUGCAGAUGUGGGCUUACACGAGAUUUUCAGAAGCAAUAAAAAUAUAGGUCAAUUUUGGAUAAAGGUUCAAAAUGAAUAUCCUAGUUUGGCUGAAGAAGCAUUAAAAUUACUUAUUCCAUUUUCUACUACAUAUUUGUGUGAAAAUGGUUUUUCCACAUUAACGACAAUAAAAAAUAAAACUAGAAACCGUCUGGAAAUUUCAUCGGCUAUGAGAAUUAUCUUGACGAAGUCAAUUAAACCAAGAAUUGACGAAAUAAUAUCACAUCAACAGCAACAACCAAGCCAUUAA